AUGUCGAAUCGCCUCGUACGCGCGCAAGACGCACGAGAGCAAAACUCAAAUACCCGCGAUAUUCCCCUUACCCCAAUCCCCAUGACCACCUUGCGCAAAACCAUCCACAGGGUCCACACUAACCUUCCCUUUACGCAAUCCACUCCCUCAGGUAACUUGUAUCCGCCCCUUGCCUCUUCACUCGCUCACAAGCGGGACCCUUAA